AUGAUUGUAACUUUUCGAGACCAGACCAAUCGUCUAGUUAGAAUUCAGCGAGAGGACGUAGUUGAAAUUCCUGUGUCUGUCGAGGAAAGACCUGACCAACCUGAGACAAUGGGUGACGAGAUAGUCCAACCCCGCAGUAUCAAAGAUUACUUGUACCCCACGAGGACAAUCCAGCCCUCUUGCAUUGUUCCACCAGAAACUGCUGGUCAUUUUGAGUUAAAGGCGAGCACGAUACACAUAUUCCCUGUGUUUCGAGGGGUUGAUGCUGAAAAGCCUUACCAUCACGUGAGAGACUUUGAGGAGAUUUUGGGGACUCUCAGAUUCAAUCAGUUGACAGAAGAGUCCAUGAAAUUGCAUUUGUUUCCUUUCUCUUUGAAGGAAAACAAAUCUUGGCUAUAUGCUUUGCGGCCUCGGUCCAUUAGAACUUGGGAUGAACUUACGAAAGAAUUUUUCAAAAAGUUCUUCCCAAAUCACAAAACAUCCACCAUUCGUCAGGAUAUCAAUAGUUUUGUUCAACUAGAUGGGUUGGAUUUCGCCACUCGAACCUUGGUUGAAUCUAUGUGCAAUGGUGAGUUCACAGAUAAAAGUGCCGACGAGUCGUGGGCCUUCUUGCAUGAAGUUUCCGAGAAAACUCAGCAAUGGGAGUCUGAUAGAGCACCUAGGAAGUCAACCAUCAGGGGUAAUGUUCAUAAAAUAGAGUCUGACUUUGAGGGUAAUGCUAAAAUAGAAUCAUUGGUUUCUAUUUGUGCUGCGUGUAAUAGUUCUAAUCAUCUUGUUGAUAACUGCCCACAAUUGCAUGCAUUUCAAGAGUCCAGACCUGAACAAGCUAAUGUUUUGUAUCAAAAGCAUGAGAAUAACCCCUAUUCUCAGACAUAUAACCCAGGGUGGAGAAACCACCCUAACUUUUCAUGGUCCAAGGGCCCUGUACAAGGGGGAAAUCCAGGAAACACACAAGGAUAUUCAUAUCCUAGAAACCCCCAAGUACAAUCGCACACACAGUACCCCGUAGAGAAAAGGCCUAGUUUUUAUGAGGGUGUAAACCAAAUGAAUCAAAAUAUUUUGCAAUAUCAGAAGUUGAAUGACCAAAGGUUUGCUAAUCUAGAACUUAAAUUGGGCCAAAUAUGUGAUGCUCUAAAUGAGAGGGAAAAGGGUAAACUCCCUAGUCAACCUCAGCAAAAUCCGAAAGGGACAUUUCAGGCAAGUACAUCUACUUGUAAUGAGACUGCACAUGCUGUCACCACACUUCGUAGUGGUAAAAUUGUUGAUAACAAUGUAGGCGUACCACAUACUAGUGAGUCUGAGUCAGACUCAUCAUUGCAUACAACGCCACAAAAAACAUCCAUUGUAGAAAAUGACUCUGAGCAUGUUUGUAAAUCUAAAAACUCUACUGAUGUUAAUGUUUCUUUGCCAGCUAAUAUUCAUGUUGCUCAAUUUCCUCAAAGGUUGGUGCAGCAGAAGAAAGGUACCCAUUACAAUGAGAUGUUAGAGAUGUUCAAACGAGUUAACAUCAACAUCCCAUUUCUUGAAGCAAUAAAGCAGAUCCCUGCUUACGCUAAGUUCUUGAAAGAUAUGUGCACAAUAAAGCGAAAGCUUAAUGUACAUAAGCGUGCCUUUCUUGCUGAACAGAAAUACAGGAACUUUAUGAACUCAGGGAGAUUGAACAACCUUGAACAGUACAAACCCAUUAAUAGGAUUUGUUAA